AUGCCAAGGCAAGCCAGGCCCGCUGGAAAUGGAUUUUUGGCGUUGCCUCCCCCCAGCCUCAGGCUUGGGCUCAUGGGUGGAAUGGCUCUUACUGUCAAUGCCGGCCUUGAGGGUGGUCAAGGAGCAUUUCCAAUGAACAUCGGACACGUGGACCAAACCCGAGCUAUGGGAGCCUUCAGCACCUACCUUCGGUAUCAUUCCUACCGGUCGCAUCAUUAG